GGGAGGCAAGAGGAGUGUGGAAGGGGAAACCAAGGCACCGAGGUAGGACUAGGUCAAGGAGUGUGGGCGAGGCUGAACUGUACCCACCUCAUGGAUGGCGGUGGGGGUGGCGGGCUGCAGUGCCCGGGGCCCAGGCUUUGAGCCCAGGUGGCGUCUGAGUCACGGGGCCCAUGGCAGCCGGGUGCUGUGGGCAGAGGCCCUGGGAGCAGAGGAAAGGUGCUGGGCCGGGGCCCACGGGGCAGGGCGAAUGGUCAUGUGACCAGCCCCCCCCAAGCCUGCCCCAGGCCUCGGGGCGGGGCCACAGCCGCCCCAGACCCUAUAAGGCCUGGAAGCUGUGCACAGAGGCAGCUGUCAGCCCCAGGGCCACCACGUAGGGAACCCCGAUUCCAGGUGCGUGACAGGCCUUGGGGGGCAGCGCACAGGAGGCUGUGGGGUCCCCACAUCUUCUCUGCACCCCUCCCAGUCCCUGAGAUCUCUGCUAUGUCUGCUCCGGAGGACGGGAGCCGGGGACCCCCCAAAUCAAAGGGCAAGACCCUGAGCAGCUUCUUCGGGUCCCUGCCCGGCUUCGGUGCUGCCCGGAACCUGGUGGGCAGCGCCCAUGGCCCCGCGAGGGAGGCCCGGCCCCGCGCUGACCCCGACCCUGGCCCCACGCAGCCCCACGCCCAGGCCGCCCCGGAGCCCGGGCCGCUGGCUGCGGGAGCCCAGACGCGCCAGGGGCCUUCGGAGGAGCUGACCACAGCGGCCCAGGGCCAGGCGGGCUCCGCCAUGACGUGGACCAAGGAUGCCCUCUCCUCUGGGAUAACCAGCAUGGUGGACACGGCGAGGGGCAUGGUCCAGGGCAGCUUGGACACCACACGGUCAGCCCUCGCUGGCACCAAGGAUGCAGCAUCUGAAGGGGUCAAGGGGGCAGUGAGCGUGGCCAAAGGGGUGGUGCAAGGGGGCCUGGACACCUCCAAGGCUGUCUUCACGGGCACUAAGGACACGGUGGCCACAGGGCUCACGGGGGCUGCCAACAUGGCCAAGAGCACCGUGCAGGCCGGCAUGGACACCAGCAAGACCGUGCUGACUGGGACGAAGGACACGGUGGCCACAGGGCUCACGGGGGCCACAAAUGUGGCCAAAGGGACAGUGCAGGCUGGCCUGGACACCGCUAAGUCUGUGGUCAUAGGCACCAAGGAUACAGUGGCCACGGGGAUCACGGGGGCUGCGAACGUGGCCAAAGGGACAGUGCAGACUGGCCUGGACACUUCCAAGGCUGUCCUCACAGGCACCAAAAAUACAGUGGCCACGGGGCUCACGGGGGCCAUGAAUGUGGCCAAGAGCGCUGUGCAGGCCGGUGUGGACACUAGCAAGACUGCACUGACUGGAACAAAGGACACCGUGACCACUGGGCUCACGGGGGCUGUGAAUGUGGCCAAAGGGACAGUGCAGACUGGCCUGGAUACCACAAAGACUGUGCUGACUGGAGCUAAGAACACAGUGGCCCCUGGACUCACAGGAGCACUGAACAUGGCCAAGGGCACCAUGCAGACCGGCCUGGACACCUCCAAGGCUGUCCUCACGGGCACCAAGGACACAGUGGCCACCGGGCUCACGGGGGCUGUGAAGGUGGCCAAAGGGACAGUGCAGACCGGCCUGGACACUUCCACGGCAGUCCUCACAGGCACCAAAAAUACAGUGGCCACGGGGCUCACGGGGGCCAUGAAUGUGGCCAAGAGCACCGUGCAGGCCGGUGUGGACACCAGCAAGAUCAUGCUGACCAGCACAAAGGACACUGUGGCCACCGGGCUCACAGGGGCUGUGAACGUGGCCAAGGGGACAGUGCAGGCUAGCGUGGACACUUCGAAAGCUGUCCUCAUGGGCACCAAAAAUACAGUGGCCACGGGGCUCACGGGGGCCAUGAACGUGGCCAAGAGCGCUGUGCAGGCCGGCGUGGACACCAGCAAGACUGCACUGACUGGAACAAAGGACACAGUGGCCACCGGGCUCACAGGGGCUGUGAACGUGGCCAAAGGGACAGUGCAGACCGGCCUGGACACUUCGAAAGCUGUUCUCACGGGCACCAAAAAUACAGUGGCCACGGGGCUCACAGGGGCCGUAAACAUGGCCAAGAGCACUGUGCAGGCUGGCGUAGACAGCAGCAAGACUGCGUUGUCUGGAACCAAGGACACGGUGAGCAGUGGUGUCGCCAGUGCCAUCAGUGUGGCCAAGGGGACAGUGCAGACUGGCCUGGACACUUCCAAGGCUGUCCUCACAGGCACCAAAAAUACAGUGGCCACGGGGCUCACGGGGGCCAUGAACGUUGCCAAGAGCGCUGUGCAGGCCGGUGUGGACACUAGCAAGACUGCACUGACUGGAACAAAGGACACCAUGGCCACUGGGCUCACGGGGGCUGUGAAUGUGGCCAAAGGGACAGUGCAGACUGGCCUGGAUACCACAAAGACUGUGCUGACUGGAACCAAGAACACAGUGGCCCCUGGACUCACAGGAGCACUGAACAUGGCCAAGGGCACCAUGCAGACCGGCCUGGACACCUCCAAGGCUGUCCUCACGGGCACCAAGGACACGGUGGCCACAGGGCUCACGGGGGCCAUGAACGUGGCCAAGAGUGCCGUGCAGGCUGGCAUGGAUACCAGCAAGACUGUGCUGACUGGGACGAAGGACACCGUGGCCACUGGACUCACAGGAGCCACAAAUGUGGCCAAAGGGACAGUGCAGGCUGGCCUGGACACCGCCAAGUCUAUGGUCAUGGGCACCAAGGAUACAGUGGCCACAGGGCUCAUGGGGGCUGUGAACGUGGCCAAAGGGACAGUGCAGACUGGCCUGGACGCUUCAAAGGCUGUCUUCACGGGCACCAAGGACACAGUGGCCACCGGGCUCACAGGCGCUGCAAACAUGGCCAAGAGCACCGCUCAGGCUGGCAUGGACACCAGCAAGACAGUGCUGACUGGGACGAAGGACACCGUGGCCACUGGGCUCACGGGGGCUGUGAACGUGGCCAAGGGGACAGUGCAGACCGGCCUGGACACUUCGAAAGCUGUCCUCACAGGCACCAAAAAUACAGUGGCCACGGGGCUCACAGGGGCCACAAAUAUGGCCACAAAAGCCAUGCAGGCUGGCAUGGACACUAGCAAGUCCAUACUGACCGGAACAAAGGACACAGUGGCCACUGGGCUCACAGGGGCUGUCAACAUGGCCAAAGGGACAGUGCAGACCGGCCUGGACACUUCAAAAGCUGUCCUCACGGGCACCAAAAAUACAGUUGCCACGGGGUUCACAGGGGCCAUGAACGUGGCCAAGAGCGCUGUGCAGGCCGGCAUGGACACCAGCAAGACAGUGCUGACUGGAACAAAAGACACAGUGGCCACGGGGCUCACAGGGGCUACAAAUAUGGCCACAAGUGCCAUGAAGGCUGGUGUGGACACCAGCAAGUCCGUACUGACCGGAACAAAGGACACAAUGGCCACUGGGAUCGCAGGGGCUGUGAGCGUGGCCAAGGGGACAGUGCAGACCGGUCUGGACACCUCUAAGGCUGUCCUUACGGGCACCAAGAACACAGUGGCCACGGGGCUCACAGGAGCUGUUAAUGUGGCCACGAGUGCCGUGCAGGCUGGCGUGGAUACCAGCAAGUCCGUGCUGACUGGAACGAAGGACACAGUGGCCACUGGACUCACAGGAGCUGUGAAUGUUGCAAAGAGCACCAUGCAGGCCAGCGUGGACACCAGUAAGACAGUGCUGACUGGAACAAAGGACACCGUGGCCUCCGGGCUCGCAGGGGCUAUGAACGUGGCCAAGGGGACAGUGCAGACCAGCCUGGAUAUCUCUAAGGCUGUCUUCACGGGCACCAAGAACACCAUGGCCUCUGGGCUUGUGGGGGCUGUGAACGUGGCCAAGGGCACCGUCCAAUCUGGCCUGAACACAACCCAGAGCAUGGCCCUGGGUGCCAAGGACACAGUCUGCAGUGGAGUCACUGGUGGCAUCAGUGUGGCCAAAGGCGCUGUGCAGGGUGGCCUGGAGGCCGGCAGCGCCAUGCUGGCUGGCAGCAGUGCUGCACCGUCCACCCUGCUUGUGGAGGCAGGAGAUGCAAUUUCAGGGGCCAUCCACACUGGUGUUGGCGCUGCCCAGAGCUGGGCCCCAGGCAGCCCAGACGGUGGAGCCAGCAGAGAGCAUGAAGACACACAAGGAAUGGACACAGCGCCUGCCCAGGGAGCCCCUGCUGGAUCUGCCAGGCCCACAUUCGGGCAGGGCAUGGCUGCCAGCCUGGAGGAGGACUUCAUGGACUCUGCCAGUGUCUGCCAUGAGCUGGAGGCUGGGGAGCUCUUCUCCCCCAUGAGUGCCCACGAGCAAGCCCAGCUGGCGGCCCUGGAACUGGGGCCUAAGGUGCUCUCGGCUGACCAGGGCAGCUAUUACAUCCGCCUCGCCGACCUGGCGCCUGGCUUCCGCCAGCGGGCUUUCGAGCACAGCCUGAGCCACGUUCAACACAGCCAGUUCCAGGCCCGGGAGGCCCUGGCCCAGCUGCAGGACGCCUUCCAGAUGAUGGAGGCCCCGGUACAGGCCCCAGGAGAGCAGCGGAGUGGGGACCACGGAGCCGGCCCCACGGUGGACCACACAGGGACCCAAGAGGCACCGGGUGGCGAGGCUCUGUCCAGGGUCUGUGCCCUCCUCCGCCAGCUGCAUGCAGCCUACAGCAGCCUGGCCUGCGGCCUGCGAGGCCUGCCCGAACCCCAGAAGCAGCUGGGCUGUGCCCGCCAUGGCCUGUGUGAGCUCUACAGCCUCGUGUCCUCAGUGGGAUCCAUCCUGGAGCUGCCAGCGGAGCGCCUGGCACAGAGCCGUGCGGUUGUGAGCCACGCGUGGCAGGGGCUGGAAGCGCAGCUGGAGGCCCUGCAGCACAGCCCCCCGCUUGGCUGGCUUGUGGGGCCCUUCACCACGGCCCCACAUGGGCAGCAGCUGUAGGCAUCUGCAGACCAAAGCCAGUCCUUCACGUCCCCCAACCUGGCUCUGCUUCCCCAGGGUCCCAUCUUGCGGGCCCAAGCACUGGCCCCAGGGAUGGGCGCCCGCCUGCUGCCACGGCCUUGCCUGUGCCACCAUCCCUGGCCUCGGUGAGCGGGCUAGCUAGGGCUGGCCCAAGGACCCCAGCCCAGCUCCCACGGAUCCCUUCCUGUGGCCAUCAACUACAGGGGACCAUGACACUGUGGGCAGAAAGUGCCUGGCCCCUGGCCUGCACAGCAUGUGCUCAGAGCCUCAGCCCAUGCGUGGACCAGGGGGUUCCACCUUCCUGCAGGAUCUGGCUUGAGAUGACAGGAAAACCACCUUGACCCAUGCAGGAUGGAGCUGGGCCGGGCCACGUGAGGGCUGGGUAGGGGAAUCCGAGGCCUGGCCUUCCUUCCAGGCCCAGGGGCUGCAGAGGCAGGGGCGGGCCAGUGAGGGUGGGGUGCUGUGGGAUGGAGGAAACAGCAGGUGACAGCCAUGACGGGACUUGAGGGGCCCCCCGGCCUCUCCUCCCCAGCUUCACCUGCACAUAACACCAAAGAGCAACACGAAUGACACCAGCCAUGACCCUCCAAACACCAGGCCCAGUGCCAGAGUCUGCGCCCUUCCACAGCAGUACAACUACUCCCGGGGCCCAUGGCGGGACCCUAUCCCCACAGGGGCCUGAGGGGGGGCUCACCAUGCUCCCCACUUGCUAUUAGCAAAGUGAGCCAAUAAAAGGCAUCUUUUUCAUUAGAAAACC